AUGCUCCGCCAGGCUGUUCGAGGAGGAGCUCGAUGGUGCCAUGCGGUCCACAGCCCGUCGAUUUCCCGGCGCUCCUUUAGCGCUGUGAAUGCGCGUCAUCUCAACUUUGGCGGGCCGAACGAUAAGGUCACUUUUUACGAACAAGAAAACCCCUCGAGCAAGAACCGACGGAAGGUCGACCCGGAAGCGGAGGAUAAAGAGGAGCUAAAUGAGGUCCAGGGGGAGCUUUCGAAGCUUCAGGAGGAGCUGAAAGUACUAGAAAAGGGCCCAUUUACGCCCGAUGGCGAAUUCAUUCAGAGUUUACCAGAGGAGGACCGCAAGAUUGCUCUUGAAGCUCUCCGGAAAUACGAAGCAGAGCGUGGCCCGGUUGAGCCACAGCUCUCACUGGACGAUGUCUUUGAUGAGGAGCUGGAUAAUAUGCUGCAAGAUGAGUUCGAGGGUCUUGCGCAGGAACAAGAGAAUUGGCAGGACAGCGUGAGGGACCAACGAAAGCUCGCCUCUCGGAAAGGGUCUCAAGAACGACUUGCAGACCCAACAACCCACGCCUACUCUACACGUUUCAACCAGAACUUACGGCGUUAUACCGGAAAGGUGUCCGAUGAGCGCGCUCAACAAGAGCUUUGGAAGUCAUACCGCCGUUGCAAACAGAAUGUGCCGGACUUCCUGGAAACGCUUAGACCGCACAUGAUGGACUCGGUCUGGGAAUCACAAGUCACUGCGCAAUCAACAAAGUCCACACGGUCGAAGCACCUCCAGACCCUGGUCGAAGACAUGAAAUCGAUUGGAAGACCUCUCACAAUUCCCCAAAUACUUUCCUUUAUCGAAGCUCUUCACGAGGGUGGUGCUAUCAGUGAUGCGCUAGAACAAUGGGAGGGGUAUCAGGCAGAACUCUCACAGAAGAAAGAAGACCUCGAGGAAUACUGGAUGCUGGGCGUCCGACUCUUUGCGGCUGAGAACAACCCCCAGCGAGCUCAAGACAUUGCGUUGGCAUUCCUCGCAAAUGACAGGUCCCGUCAACCUCGUGUACUUAUCCCGGUGAUCAAGGCUUGGGGCAAGAUGUCCGGGAAAGAAGCCGAAGUGAAGGCAUGGGCGCUGUAUCUACAGCUCAAGACCUUCCUAGGACCAGACAUGACUAUGGAGGACUACGACCAAGUUAGCAUCGGUCUCCUCACGGCUGGUCGGUCAGAUGCGGCCGUUGCUGUAUUCAAAGAUAUGAUGGUGACGGGUCAAGACCCAGCCAACGAUUCCACAGCUCUAUAUCAAGCAGCUCUUGGUCUAGCUGGAAACCUCCAAGCGUCGAGCAUCGAUGAGCGCUCCGUCAACAAAGUGUCAUUGUCUGUGCUGACAAUGUUGCCUCGUCGAUUCCACAAUCGGUUCUUCUACGCUAGUUGGAUGAAGAAACUCAUUGGAAUGGGCGAGGUCGACUCAGCCGCAAUGGUGAUUGAACUCAUGUACGAGCGAGGCGUAAAGCCAGAUGCCAAACACCUCAAUGGUGUAAUGGCCGGUUGGCUUCGUGAAGGCAAUGCUGCCGCUCGAGACAAGGCAGAGCGGCUGGGUUGGUCCAUGAUCCAGCAUCGAAUCGACGCCGUGUGGAAACGGUAUCAGCCAGUCGAGACGUCUCCACAGGUCCAGGUCAAGCACCAAGCGAUGGAGCCAAGCCGUAUACCCAAGUUCCUUCGGCGGGAGGUACCCCCAGCAAGCAUCGAAACAUUCUCCAUUCUCCUCCUCCACUAUACCCGUCGCGGCGACGACGAUAUGGUCAAGUAUUUGGCCAAAUGUCUCGGCGAUGCACACAUCCAACCAAACUCCUAUUUCAUGAACCAUCUCCUCUACGCCGAACUCCGCAAACAAGACAUCCACUCUCUCUGGAGCAAAUUCGAGACAAUGACUACCAGCAUCCGACCGGACCUCGAAACCUUUGCAUGCCUCUGGGAUUGCGCAAAGUUGCAAUAUGACCGUGGACGCACUGCCUUCGACGCUGGGUUCCCCUCGGCGCGACAGCUAUAUUCGCACAUGGUGCAGUGGUACUCUCAGCUCUCUCCACGAGCGCAAAAGAACACCACUGAGCAGUUCUCCAAAGAUCUGUAUGACCAGAUCAUCCGCUGCUUCUGUCUGUCAAAGGACCUUUCGGGUACCCUCGUUGCACUUCAUUCAAUGCAUGCAGCUUUCGGCUACGCUCCUGAUGAUAUCACCGCCCGCAUGAUCGUUCUCCAAGUCGCGCGUCUCGCAGGCGUACCAGCCGAGACACCAAAGCGUCGCCUUCGGCGGUUAUCCUCCACCCCACGAAGUAAAGAGAACAUCAGCCAAGUCAGCCAAUUGCUGGAUAUGCUAGGCGAACGCAAGUCGCUGGCUUUGAAAGCGCAGGGCUUGAGUAUCGAGCAACUUGACCCACACGAGAGACAGCAGUACCAGCUUGAGGUUAUGGCUAGUUUACUGCGCAUCGUGCUGAGCCGGACGGAAGGGUUAGAUCCUGUCCAGGUUGAAGCGAAGCUUGCGCUGGCUGCGACUGAGAUGCAUGUGGAGGGUAUCGAUCUUGGGUCGCCACUCGGAGUUGAUGAUACCAAGUUGCUGUAA